CGAAAUCAACGAGGCUCCUUGAAUGCAGCACAUGGUAACUGCGCAGUUUGGCGAGCCGUGUCCGUCCGUGGAUCACGAUGUCUGCUGCCCUCAGUCUCACUCCGUUACACUGCUGCAAGAGACCAGGGACAUUUGGUCUCGGCUUUGUGCGUAUGUUCACUCUGACCGUGCAGCGGAAAGGUUAUAAAUAUGUGAAUGCUGAGGAGCAGCAGACAGACAUGAAGUCCAUCACCGACCGGGCAGCAACAACCCUUCUGUGGACUGAACUCUUUCGAGGUCUCGGAAUGACGAUGAGUUAUCUGUUCCGCGAGCCUGCCACUAUCAACUACCCCUUUGAGAAGGGUCCGCUCUCUCCACGCUUCAGAGGAGAACACGCUCUUCGCCGCUACCCCAAUGGGGAGGAGCGCUGCAUUGCUUGCAAGCUCUGUGAGGCCAUCUGCCCGGCUCAGGCCAUCACCAUCGAGGCCGAGACUCGAGCGGACGGCAGCCGCAGAACAACACGUUAUGACAUUGACAUGACAAAGUGCAUUUACUGUGGAUUCUGUCAGGAGGCCUGUCCUGUCGAUGCCAUUGUUGAGGGUCCCAACUUUGAAUUCGCCACUGAGACUCACGAGGAGCUGCUGUACAACAAAGAGAAGUUGCUCAACAACGGAGACAGAUGGGAAGCCGAGAUUGCAGCCAACAUUCAAGCUGACUACCUGUACAGAUAAUUAUUUCUCUUAGCCAUAGUGCUGCAUUAAUAAACAUAUGAAUAUUGUAAUGAAGAUGUGAUAUAGAUGCAUUUUAGUUUGCAUGAUCUUUUAUUUUUCUGUUGCUUAAAUUAUGUAUAACCAGGCACGCACUAAGUGGUCUCAAGUAUUACACAACAAAAUAAUGUCAAUGAUGAGACUUGAACUCCAACCUCUGCAUGAUUGUGCCGCUCAGUCACCAUUUUUCAAAGAUGUGGAAAAUCUAAGCAAAGGUGUGGAACAUAUUGAAUAUAUGAAUGCUGAUUACAUAAUGAACUGAA